UCCCCCCAAAUCACUUCCACCCAACUCACCACCCCAAAUCCUCCUCUCCCCUCCCAUUUAUCCUCCUCCCCCACAACAUCUCCCUUGACUUCCACCACUCCAAAUCCUCGUAUCUUUCAUAGUAUGUCCACAUUCCUUUUCCCCCCACACCAGUCUUAACCUCAACCACAAGCCAAAAGCCUUCAUCAGCCAUGGCCUCCACUCUCCUCUCCACACCCACCUUCACUGGCCUCCGCCCUCUCAAGCCCGCCGACUCACGCUCCCUCUCCUUCCCCAGGAGCGCCAGCCUCGCUCUCUCCGCCAGGCCGCCGCUCCGGUCCACCACCAGACCCGGUCUAGCAGUGAAGGCCGAGCUGAACCCAUCCCUGGUGAUCAGCCUCAGCACCGGUUUGUCCCUCUUCUUGGGCCGGUUCGUGUUCUUUAACUUCCAGAGGGAGAACGUGGCCAAGCAAGGGCUCCCGGAGCAGAACGGGAUGAUCCACUACGAGGCCGGCGACACCCUGGCCAAGGAGUACGUGGGUCUCCUCAAGUCCAACGACCCGGUCGGGUUCAACAUAGUCGACGUCCUUGCAUGGGGUUCCAUCGGACACAUCGUCGCUUACUACAUCCUCGCCACCUCCAGCAACGGCUAUGAUCCCAGGUUCUUCUGAGUUUUUAUCUUAAGGGGUUUUGGAGUAAAAUUUUUUUGAUGGUCUGCUGGAUUUUAUGA